AUGGUCUCAGAAAAAAGCUGUGAUGUUGAAGACGAUGAAGAUUUAUCUGCUCGCAUGCAUCAUACCCUGCUUCUACCCCACCGACCCUCAACUGCACCCGCUUCAGGCCGUAAUUCUAACUUCAACCAAUCCCCAAAGAUUUCCGCAGCAACAUUUGUCGCAGCCACUACCAAGAAAUCAACUCCACCGAGUAGCUCCAUGCGUUGGAAUCCCUUCUCCCAUCGACAAAGGCGCUUCAGUGGCGAUGAGACGCAAGAAAAACAACACCUACCCGCAGUUCAAUCAGCUGUGAUUGGAGCGGGAGAGGAGAUGAGCAGUGUCAGUCGUCUUGUUGCUUUCCGACGGGCAAAAUCCUGUCGACGAAAGGAUGAGAGUGGCGAGGAAAUUCCAGAGCCCCCACCAGAUAGAAUGCCGUCUCAGGAAUGUCUGGACAAAGUCUUGGAAGAAGAAACUCAAGAAACGCAAUCACCACUGCCAACGAUUUUAAGCGAAAUACCGACGCGAGGUCGACACCAUAGUCUCAAAAAGUGGUGGUUUCGUUGA